AUGUCUGGAAACACAUUCCCUGGCCGACUGGGUGCAAACUCCAACCCUUUCGGAGAGUCGCAGCCAUCUGGGGGCAUAUCCAAAGUCAUGGAGGAAGAGGAAAACGAUACAGUCGCCUCACCAGCAGCUCCGAGCUUUAGUUUCGGAUCCAAUACCGCGUUUGGUUCCCCAUUUGGCGGUGAUGCGGCCGGUCAAGGACCCCCAUCGUCGUUCAAGCCUACAAGUACGGAGGGGUUUCCAGAUCAAUAUGGAAUGGGAAGACGAACUUCGGUUUCUGCAGAAUCAUUGAAUCCUACGGCAUCUUCCAACGACAACUGGUCGCCACCUUUCCAUCAAAAGACCGAGGAGCAGAUUAGUAGGCUGAAGAGUUCCAUCUCAGGCAACUUCUUGUUCAGCCACCUGGACGAUGAGCAGAGUGCACAAAUCCUUGGUGCGUUGGUUGAAAAGCCAAUCCCCGCCAAAGACAUUAAGGUUAUCACGCAAGGCGACCAGGGCGACUUCUUUUAUGUUGUUGAAAAGGGAACUUUUGAUGUCUAUGUCAAUCCAGCCGGUUCCAUGCAGCCAGGUCCACAGGGUUUGGGGACGAAGGUUGCCACCAUUCAGUCGGGAGGAUCUUUUGGAGAGUUAGCAUUGAUGUACAAUGCUCCUAGAGCUGCAACAGUAAUGUCCGCAGAAGGCCAAUGCACCCUCUGGGCAUUGGACCGAAUCACUUUCCGGCGGAUUCUUAUGGACUCUACAUUCCAGCGCCGUCGGCUGUACGAGAGCUUCCUCGAGGAAGUGCCUCUGCUUUCAAGUCUCACAAAAUACGAGCGGUCCAAGAUAGCGGAUGCACUUGACACCCAGAAAUAUCCUCAAGGCACUACGAUCAUUAAGGAGGGAGAUGCAGGCGAGGCUUUCUAUCUUCUAGAGAGUGGCGAAGCAGAGGCAUACAAAGAAGGUACAUCGAAUCCUGUGAAGGCCUACAAGAAAGGAGACUAUUUCGGCGAACUUGCUCUACUCAAUGAUGCCCCUCGUGCUGCUAGUGUGAUUAGCAAGACUGAAGUCAAGGUUGCUACCCUUGGAAAAGACGGAUUUCAGAGACUUUUGGGACCAGUCGAGAGUAUCAUGAGGAGAACCAAAUAUGAGACUGGGGUUGAGGAUAUUGAUCCUCUUGCAAGUAAAUGA